AAGAAGCAGAAUUGAGGAAUUGGCCUCUCUGCGUGCAUGAACACACGCAGGCUGAAUUGAUGGCUUUGACUUCUGGUAUGGCCAAGAUUGAUCCAGUUUUUCAAUGCGGCAUCCGUCAUAUAAGCCUACUUCGGUGCAGUACUGGCUCAGGUUAAUCCUUGACUUUGGCCGGGCCUAUUGGACAUAUGUAUGCGUGGGUUCAGGCCCGCCCGCUCGGUCAAAUUGUCUUCAAACUGGUCACCGCGGCCCGCCGCCCAAAAAGCCAGCUCUGAAAGACAAACACUACCUCAACACGAACACAAAAAUUUGGUUAAAUAUCUUGACUUCUUUCUUUCUCGUUGGCCUCCCUCGUAGGCGAUAUUCGGAUCACAAACUCGGACUCAUUGACUGCCAUCCCAAAUCACAACACAAUCAAACAAAAAAAUUAAAACCCAAAUUACAUCCUCAACUUUUCAAUACAACUUCUAAUCGGAACGAACACGACAUGGAGUCGGUGAACCGAUUUCUAUACGGACCGAGUCCUGAAGAGAGAGUACGAAAAUGGCAAGCGAAGAUCAGGACGGAAGAACGACAGAUGGACCGCGAGAUCCGGGGGAUCGAGAACGCCCAGAACAAAGUCAAGAUCCAACUCAAACAAUUAGCCGCCAAGAACGACCUCAAGAACUGUAAAACCUUGGCCAAGGAGAUCGUCAGAAGUAAUAAACAGAAGGAUCGGCUGUUUACAUCUAAAGCUAGACUCAAUUCGAUUCGGAUGCAACUUCAACAUCAACUUGCCACCCUCAAGAUUUCAGGUACACUACAGAAAUCAACGGAGAUCAUGAAACUAUCAAACUCAUUAAUGAAGCUACCCGAGCUAAACAAAACGAUGCAAGAGAUGUCGCAAGAAAUGAUGAAAGCUGGAAUUAUGUCGGAGAUGGUGGAGGAUGCAAUCGAUACAUUGGAUGAAGACGAGGAAGAGCUAGAAGAAGAAGCGGAAGCCGAAGUGCAGAAUGUCUUGUUCAACAUCACCGAUGGGAAGCUUGGGCAGAUGGGUUCAGUCAGCAGCAAACUCCCACAAUCAACCCAGAUCUCUGAACCUGCGCAAGAAAACGACCUCGAAGACGUCGAAAGGAUGCAAGCACAGUUGAACGGCCUGCUCCAAAGCUAAGACCAACCGCUGUCUUUUGUUUUGUUUGCCGUCCGACUUCUUCUAUCUGUUCCCUCUCUGUUGCACUAUAUUGGGAAUUUCCGGCUGAAAACCUCCUUUUGAUUUGUUUUUACGAUUGUAUGCCCGACCUAUAUAUAUAUCAUGUAUUUUUUUUUCUCCCUUACUCAUCAUACUCAGGCCGUUUUUUUUUCUUCCCACUAUUAUUGUUAUCGUCUCUUCCCUCUUCUUUUCUUUGUUGUAAAGCUUAGAGAGAGAUCUUUGUAUCUAUCACACAAUUGCUUCCUCAACUAUUCUUAUUUAUACUCUUUUAUACAUACACAUCUUCACUCCAAUCCAAUAUCAAAUCGAUGUGAUAACUGCAACCAAUGGCCG